GUUUGUUUAUUAGAAUUAAUAUGAUUUUUCUUUGGUCAUGUAAAGAAAAUAUUACAUAUUUCAUAUUAAAGCCAAUCCCAAACCUUCAUGAAAAGCUUUUUGUCAUUCAAUUACACUUAUCAGUUCGUGACCUUUGUUUGUUUACUUUUAUUACUUAUAAUGAUAAACGUUAAUACAUUGCGAUUAGUGAGAUAAGAAGAGUUCCACCAAAGAAGUUUCAGAUUUGGUUUUAGUUUUACAAAGUAAAUCGUUUUUGUUUCUUGUAAUGGCAGUUAACCACUCAAAGAAAAUAAUACCUGAAAUAUUCGAAAGUAUGGAGUAUGGUCUUUUGCAGGACAGCGCUAGCCUUGCUGAGGCGUGGCUGAAGGACCGUAGCUUCGGUCCGCUGAUCGACUGGCAGUGGAAGGACACGGCCGCAGGCGGCGCGAGCAGCACGGAGAUCCACGACCCCUGCACGGGGAGGCGGAUUGCGACCGUGGCGGACUCCACUGCCGAGGACGUGGCGAAGGCUGUCUCCUCCUCGUGGGACGGGUUCGGCUCGUGGAGCCAGCUGAGCGGCCACGAGAGGGCCAGGCAUCUCUACAGCAUUGCCCGCCACCUCCAGAAGCACACGUCCCUGCUGGUGCAACUGGAGUCCCUGAACCGAGGGGUGCAGACGAGCGACCCGCGGGAGUUUGACGUGCCGGCGGCGGUGCGCUGCUUCUACCACUACGCGGGCUGGGCGGAGCUAGCAGCGCACGACCUCGCUGGCCGGGAGCCGGUGGGCGUGGUGGCCGGUGUGACUUCGUGGUCCAGUCCUUUGUCGCUGUUGGCGUGGAUGGUGGCUCCUGCGCUCGCUGUUGGCAACACUGUCUGCUUGGCCCCUUCUCGACAUGCCCCACUGCCAGCCUUUCUGCUGGCGCACAUCUGCGCUCAGGCAGGUCUGCCGGCGGGCGUGCUGAGCGUGCUGCCGGGAGGGGAGAGCGUGGCAGAGCAGCUGGGCGCGCACGAGAGGGUGGCAGGCCUGGUGUUGGCCGGGCAGACCUCGGCCGGUCGCGGCAUGCUGCAGGCUGCCGCGGCCACUCGGAAGCGCGUCACUUGCCUGCUCAGCGGGAAAUCUGUAAUGAUGGUGUUUGACUCAGCAGACAUAGACUCGGCUGUGGAUUCUGUCAUAGGAGGGGCUUGGUUUAACCAAGGGCAGGUCCCAUGGGCCAUUACUAAGUUGCUCGUGCAGGAGUCCAUAUUCACAGAAUUUUUGGACAAGCUUAAGGUAAAAAUGGAGGGAGUCAAAGUUGGAACAUCGUUCAACAAGAUGGCGAAUGUUGGUCAACCAUUCACAGUCGAAGUUGUAACAGAAGUCAACCGGAUUGUUGCCAAAGCCCGUGAGAAAGGUUUGCAGAUGAUUCAGGCAAAAUUGGAAAAUGACUUACAAUCAUCUGAGUGGUUUUUCACGCCAACUGUUGUCAUCGGCACAAACGUGGAAAGCAACAAGGUUGUGGAAGAUGAUGUGCUGGCACCAGUUGUGUCUGUAUCUUCGUUCAGGACAGCAAAAGAAGCCGUAGCGCAGGCCAACAACUCUCGCUACGGUAUUGCUGCCUCUGUGUGGACAGAAACUGCUGCACUGGCUUUGGAGGUUGCCAACCAACUGCAGGUAGGGACAGUGUGGAUCAACAGUCAUGGUCUGUUUGAUGCAGCUGUUCCAUUCAGUGGUUGGAAGCAAAGUGGCAUUGGGUGUUUCGGAGGAAAAAGAGGGCUGUUGGAGUUCAUGAGGGAAAAAUGUGAACCAGCACCUGGCUUGAAAGUCAGCGUGGAUUACAAAAGUUUUGGGACCGCAACCGACCCAGAGAGCACCGUCCCACGGGAUCUCGCACCAACAGUGCAAGCAAGUCACAGCGUGGACCGCACGUACAAACUCUACUAUGGUGGAGCAUACAAGAGGCCAGAUGGGAACUCUUCGAGAACAGUGUUUUCAGCUGACGGCAAGCCAUUUGCUCUGGUGGCAGAAGGAAGUCGGAAAGAUGCUCGCAACGCAGUCGAGGCGGCUCUGAAAGCCCAGCCAGGCUGGUGGAAGCUCGGGGCACACUCCCGGGCACAGAUCAUCUUCAACCUGGCAGAGAAGCUGCAGGCAUGCAAGGAUGACUUCAUCAGCCACCUGCAGCUGGUGAGCGGCUGCGACGCGCAGACUGCCGCCGGUGAGGUGAACCGCAGCCUGGCCCUGCUGUUCCACUGGGCGGCACGCUGCGACAAGCCCCCGUGCACGCGGGCCGACCCCCCGGGAGGCGCUGUGGCCUCCGUCUCUCAGGAGCCGCUGGGCGUGGUGGCCGUCAUCUCCUGCGACAGAGACGGCGCGGGGCCGGGGCUAGAGUCAUUCCUGCGUGGGGUGGUUCCCGCCGUGGCCUGCGGGAACGCCGUGGUGGCGGUGGUGGGCCCCGGGGGGCGCCCCACCCUCGCCCUGGAGGCGUGCCAGCUGCUGGACUCGUGCGACAUGCCUGCGGGCGUGGUGGGGGUGCUGACCGGGGAGAGGGACGCGCUGGCGGCGACGCUGGCGCGGCACCGGGACGUGGGAGCGGUGUGGGUGUGGGCCGGGGACCCGGCACUCGAGAGUGCCGUGCGCUGGGCAUCUGCACCCGGCAUCAAGAGGGUGUGGGCCAUCAGGGAGCAAGCUGGCGACGAGGAGGUGCAGCGUCAUGCCACCCUCGUCAAGUCCAUCUGGAUCACCGCGGGGGAGACGUUUGCCAACUGAGAACAGCUGUUAUGCUCAAGGAGGAUGUUCCAAUGUACUCUCUACAAUAGUUGUGUUUUAACAUACAAAAAAAUUGUAAUAAGAAAUAAUAAACAGUAAAAGGGGA